AUGAUUAUUUCACAACUUAUUUGCCUGUUAAAACCAUUUAAACAUGUCUUAGUUAUCGUUCAACAAGGAAAAACUCCUUCAUUACAUUUAGUAACAAUUGCUGUUUUAACGCUUCGUCAAGCGUUACAAACACACACAUCGUUGAUUGAAUAUAGCAAAAAAUAUGGAAUUAAUUCAUCUUCAACAACAGAAGAUGUAAGUGAAAAUGAAGAGGAGUGUCUUGAAGAGGCAGAAGUACGAGAAUGUCAUUUAUAUAUUCGUCAACGUAUGGCACAAAUCAAGGCAAUGGAAAAGAACCAAUCGAAAUCUGAUGGUCCAGAAAAACAUUCUUUAAUAGUUGAUAAUGAAAUAUUAGCUGAACCAGCCAAGAAAAAACCAAAACGAUUUGGAGAAGAUUUUGAAACUGGAAAUCUUAGUGAUGAAUUUGAUAAUGAAAGUGAUGAUGAAUUAAACAAGUACUUAGAACAGCGAAUUGAUAUCGAAUCAAUCGAUGAUAAUCCUUUAGCAUUUUGGUACGAGCAUCGAUUUAUUUAUCCUAUUUUAUCUCGACUUGCGCGUUCGAUUUACUCCAUUCCAGGUAGUACGGCUAAUGUUGAACGACAAUUUAGUGCAACUGGAAUGAUGAUUACUUCACGACGUACUAAAUUAAAUCCUGAACAAAUUAAUAAUGCUAUGUUUUUACGUUCAGUAAACAAAAACAAGUGA